AUGUUGUCCCUCGCGUUGCCGCUGAUGCUGCUGUGUGCAGGCGUGCACAGCCAGAAUCAUAACGCCGCCUCCACGACCUUAAACUCCGACGGCUCCUCUGUCUUCGCUAGCAAGCUGGGCUUGGACCACAACGACAAGAAUCAGAUCAGCGCCCUGUUUUCCAAGUCUUCAACGGGAGCGUUCAGCGAAGGACUCGCUUUGGAUAAUGUUAACGGUCACGGGCUCUCAGUAUCCCAGACAAACAUCCCUGGCUUCGGCAGCCAGUUGACUGGAGCGGGGAAACUGAACUUGAUUAAUACCAACAUCCACAAACUCGACGCCAACGCCUUCAUUACCAAGAACAUUCCCGACAUGUUGCAAGUGCCCAACUUCAACACCGUCGGUGGCAACUUGGACUACAUGUACAAGGACCGUGUGGGCGCGACCCUGGGCGCUGCCAGGACCCCAUUGCUGGACCGCACCGACUACUCGGCGAUGGGCAAGCUGAACCUGUUCCACUCCCCCUCCUCCUCCUUGGACCUCAACGCUGGAUACUCCAAAAUUACCUCUCCUCACUUCAACACCAACUGGCAACCAUCAGGAGGAUUGACCUUUACAAUAACAUACAAUAAGUAA